UCCUAACCCUAGAACAACGCAGUUCUAGUGGGUGGACAGGAGAUCCCUGAUCCUCCUCUCUUCCUCGCGGUCCCCUAUAGAAACGAGAUAGAGGGAGAAAGCGAAGGAAUCAACGAGUGGCCAUCCUUCGUGCCCUAAUCUGCUCCCCCUCUCCCGCUUGAUUCCCGGCGGAGAGAGGCGCAGAAUCCCUAAAUGGCGAGUCUUGUUCUCUCCCAAUGCUGCGGACUGCGCCCUCUUCCGGCCGACAUUCGCUUCCGGUCGAAGACUCGGUUACCUGUAGCAACCAAUCUGAGCUUCAUCCAUGCCGGACACCGCCGGCCGAUUCUCGCCGGCCGGUUCCUGCGAGAUUGGGCGUUGAAGGUGAGCGCGCCGGCGAGACCGGUUUUGGUGGAGCGGCAAGAGGGGGUGGACGUGAUUAGGGUUCGGAAGGAGGAGUUCGAUCCCGGGAUGCCGCCGCCGUUCGGGCUGGCGGAGAUUCGGGCGGCGAUACCCAAACACUGCUGGGUGAAGAACCCGUGGAGGUCGAUGAGCUACGUUGUGCGGGAUGUCGCAAUCGUAUUUGGACUCGCGGCGGCCGCCAUGUACGUCAACAGCUGGAUUGUUUGGCCGCUCUAUUGGGCUGCGCAGGGGACGAUGUUCUGGGCUCUGUUUGUUCUUGGCCAUGACUGUGGGCAUGGGAGCUUUUCGAACAGCUCGAGGCUGAAUAAUGUGGUUGGUCAUAUUCUCCAUUCCGCCAUUCUCGUGCCCUAUCAUGGAUGGAGGAUAAGCCACAGAACUCAUCAUCAGAACCAUGGCCAUGUUGAGAAAGAUGAAUCCUGGCACCCUCUUUCUGAGAAAAUUUACAGGAGCUUAGAUUCAGCAACAAGGAUGCUUAGAUUCACAUUGCCAUUUCCAAUGCUUGCCUUUCCCAUCUAUCUGUGGGGACGAAGUCCAGGGAAGAAUGGAUCACACUUCAACCCUGAGAGUGAUCUUUUUGUUCCCAAUGAAAGGAAAGAUGUCUUAACUUCUACUGCUUGUUGGAUCGCCAUGGCUUCUUUGCUGGCUGGACUAACCUGGUUCAUGGGUCCUCUCAAAAUGUUUCAGCUUUAUGCCGUUCCUUAUGGGUUAUUUGUUACAUGGCUGGACCUUGUGACUUAUUUACAUCACCAUGGACAUGAAGAAAAGCUUCCAUGGUACCGGGGAAAGGAGUGGAGUUAUCUUCGUGGAGGGUUGACGACACUCGAUCGUGACUACGGUUUGAUCAACAACAUCCACCAUGACAUUGGCACUCAUGUGAUUCAUCACCUCUUUCCCCAGAUCCCACACUACCAUCUUGUAGAAGCUACAAUGGCGGCGAAGCCAGUGCUCGGAAAGUACUACAGAGAGCCGGAGACGUCGGGGCCGCUCCCUCUUCACCUCCUCAGAGUUCUGUCUAGGAGCUUGAAGAAAGACCAUUAUGUCAGUGAUUCUGGAGACAUUGUGUAUUAUCAGAAGGAUCCUGAGCUGGUUCCUCUUCUUCUCCAAAAGUCUAACUGAGGCUGAAGAUGGCAAUAGGAAAGCAGCCCUCCAUUGAACCAGCACUCAUUUUUUUCCUCUCAUCUCAGCAUUGUGUAGGAAGCUGUAAGAGAGAUGCUGCAGGCUUAUGAUUGUUAAUUUGGCCAUUUUAUUUUUAGAACCAGUGUAUUAUUAUCAUUCAUGCUGGAGUGUAUUAUUAUGAUCAUCAUCCAGCUCUCUGGUAUAAUAAAAAUGAAUUUAAGUAGAUUUAUAAAUGAUGUAAUGAUCCUUAUUUUUUAUUUUUAAUUAUUUUCUUAGGCCAAAAA